UCACACACACCACAUAUCUUUUUUGUUCAUAUAUAUAUAUAUAUAUAUAUAUAUACAUUCUUGCUUAGUCUUCUUGCAAGCGUUGACUCCAUCAAAAAACUCAUCCUCCAUCAAAAUCAUAACUCAAAUCACAAUGUAUUCAUCUUCAUCAUCAUCUUCCACAAAUCCACAAUAUCUCCAUGACGUAUUCAUCAACUUCAGAGGCGAAGACGUUCGUCGCACCUUCGUCUCUCAUCUCUACGCAGUCCUCUCAAACGCCGGAAUCAACACAUUCCUUGACAACGAAAAGCUCGAAAAAGGCGAAGAUAUCGGACACGAACUUCUCCAAGCAAUUUCAGUCUCACGCAUAUCCAUAAUCGUUUUCUCUAAAAACUACACUGAAUCGAGUUGGUGUUUAAACGAAUUGGAAAAGAUCAUGGAAUGUCGUAGACUUCACGGUCAUGUUGUUUUGCCAGUGUUUUAUGAUGUUGAUCCUUCUGUUGUACGGCAUCAGAAAGGUGAUUUUGGUAAAGCUUUGGAAGUUGCCGCGAAAAGUAGGUAUAUUAUUGAGGAAGUUAUGGUGAAGGAAUUGGGUAAAUGGAGAAAAGUGUUGACGGAAGCUUCGAAUUUGUCUGGUUGGGAUGGAAGCGCUUUCAGGAGUGACCGUGAAUUAGUGAAAAAAAUUGUUGAGGCCAUUUUGCCAAAACUCGACAACACAACCUUGUCUAUAACUGAAUUUCCAGUUGGAUUAGAAUCCCAUGUAAAGCAAGUGGUUGGGGUGAUUGAGAAACAUUCGGGCGAUGUUUGUAUGGUAGGGAUCUGGGGCAUGGGAGGAUCAGGUAAAACAACUGUAGCCAAAGCCAUCUACAAUGAAAUUCAUCGUAGAUUUGAUUGUACUAGUUUCAUUGAAAACAUUAGAGAAGUUUGUGAAAAGGAUACUAAAGGGCAUAUACAUUUACAACAGCAACUUCUUUCAGAUGUCCUCAAAACAAAGGAGAAAAUACAUAGUAUUGCGUCGGGGACAGCUACGAUCCAGAGAGAGCUUACCGGAAAGAAAGCACUCGUGAUACUUGAUGAUGUGACUGAUUUUCAGCAAAUAAAAGCCCUAUGCGGAAAUCAUAAAUUUUUUGGUGCUGGAAGUGUGUUAAUUGUUACAACCAGAGAUGUACACAUACUUAAGCUACUCAAUGUUGACUCUGUCUAUAAAAUGGAGGAAAUGCAGAAAAACGAGUCCCUUGAACUAUUCUCUUGGCAUGCUUUUAGAAAAGCUAGUCCUAGAGGAGGCUUUAGUGAACUCUCAAGAAAUGUGGCUGCUUAUUGUGGAGGGUUACCACUGGCUCUUGAAGUCCUUGGAUCCUACUUAUUUGAGAGGACAAAACAAGAAUGGAUAAGCGUACUAUCAAAGUUAGAGAGAAUUCCCAAUGAUCAAGUGCACGAGAAGCUGAGAAUAAGCUAUGAUGGUUUAAAGGAUGAUAUGGUAAAGGAUAUAUUUCUUGACAUUUGUUGUUUCUUUAUUGGUAAGGACAGGGCCUAUGUUACAGAGAUACUAAAUGGCUGUGGACUUUAUGCUGAUAUUGGAAUAGCGGUCCUCAUAGACCGGAGCCUCCUAAAAGUUGAGAAGAAUAACAAGCUUGGAAUGCAUGAUUUAAUAAGAGACAUGGGAAGAGAAAUUGUCCGUGAAAGUUCAGCAAGAGAACCUGGGAAGCGUAGUCGAUUGUGGUUUCACGAGGAUGUACAUGAUGUUUUGGCAAAAAAUACUGGAACAGAAACUGUUGAGGCACUGAUUUUUAACUUGCAAAGAACAGGCAGAGGUAGCUUUAGUACUAAUACUUUCCAAGAUAUGAAGAAACUUAGACUUUUACAACUUGAUCGUGUUGACCUCACUGGAGAUUUUGGGUAUCUUUCCAAACAAUUGAGAUGGGUCAAUUGGCAACGAUCUACCUUCAACUUUGUACCCAACGACUUUGAUCAGGAAAAUCUCGUUGCUUUUGAAUUAAAAUAUAGCAAUGUUAAACAAGUUUGGAAGGAAACCAAGUUGUUGCAUAAGCUAAAAAUUCUCAAUCUCAGUCAUUCCAAGCACUUGAAAAGAACCCCUGACUUUUCAAAAUUACCGAAUCUAGAAAAACUCAUUAUGAAGGAUUGUCAAAGUUUAUCCGACAUACACCCGUCCAUUGGAGAUCUCAAGAAUCUUCUUCUCAUAAAUUUGAAGGAUUGUGCAAGUCUUGUUAAUCUCCCAAGAGAGAUCUAUCGAUUGAGAUCAGUGAAAACUCUCAUCCUUUCUGGUUGUUCAAAGAUUGUCAAAUUGGAAGAAGAUAUAGUGCAAAUGAAAUCCUUGACAACUCUAAUUGCAGAAAAUGCUGGUGUCAAACAAGUGCCUUUUUCGAUUGUUAGAUCAAAGAACAUCACCCAUAUAUCUCUAUGUGGAUAUCAAGGAUUAUCACGUGAUGUUUUUCCUUCUAUCAUUUGGUCUUGGAUGUCACCAACAAUGAACUCCUUAGCACGUAUUCCCUCUUUUGGUGGAAUUUCAAUGUCUCUUGUUUCCUUGAAUAUUGAUAGUGAUAAUCUGGGUUUGGUCUAUCAAUCACCGAUACUUAGCAGCUGUUCAAAACUUAGAUGUGUUUCGGUACAAUGUCACUCAGAGAUUCAACUUAAACAAGAAUUGAAAGUAUUUCUUAAUGAUCUUACAGAGUUGGAAAUAUCACAUGCUUCACAAAUCUCAGAUCUUUCCUUGCAAUCUCUUUUGAUUGGAAUGGGAAGUUACCACAAAGUCAACGAGACUCUUGGCAAGAGCUUAUCGCAGGGAUUGGCAACUAAUGAUUCUCGUGCUUCGUUCCUUCCGGGUAACAAUAUUCCUUCUUGGUUAGCCUAUACAUGUGAGGGACCAUCAGUAUGUUUUCAAGUGCCCAAGGAUAGUAAUUGUGGAAUGAAGGGAAUAACUUUAUGUGUUCUUUAUUCAUCUACACUUAAAAACAUGGCAACUGAAUGUCUCACUAGUGUCUUGAUCAUUAAUUACACAAAAUUCACUAUUCAUAUAUACAAGAGAGACACAGUAAUGACCUUUAACGAUGAAGAUUGGGAAGGUGUAGUAUCAAAUUUAGGAGUUGGUGACAAUGUGGAGAUUUUUGUAGCUUUUGGGCAUGGAUUGACUGCUAAGGAGACCGCUGUCUAUCUAAUAUAUGAUCAGUCAACUGCAAUGGAAAUUGAGUCAUCAAUUGCUAUGGAAGUUGAACCAAUACCUGAAGUGCAGGUGCAAUCAUCACCUGAUGUGGUAAUGGAACUAUCACCUGGAGUGGAAGCACAACCAUCAUCUGAUGUGGAAACGGAAUCACCAAUAGCUGUCAAGAGCGAGCCAAUACCAAAGCCAAAUGAUAAAAUCUUUGUAAAACUUGCAAAGAGAGUGGGAGGAUGUUUAUGCUUGAACCAGAAUUGAGAUCUCAGAUAGGGCACGCCUUUGUCCUAAUACGGGAUUCCCUUGUAUGUGUUUUCUAAUAUUUUUCUGGGAGGGUGGACAGACAGUGCUUAUGCUUUAUAUACACAGAUGAGAUCAAUGUGUUGUUUGUUUCAAAACAUGUACUUAUUUAAAUUUUGUAAGAGUUUUGUUGAAAAUAUGUUAGGAUCUUUAUAUUUUUUGUUUAUGGAUAUAAUAUCAUGUAAAUUGAAAUAAUAUCUCAUUCAUUUGUAUAAAAAACGUCCUCAUUUAUUUGUUA